AAAAUCCCUUAAAAAAUUGCACAUCAUAAUAAAAUAAAAGUACGUUCCGCGAAUAAAUAUAAAGAAAUUAAAUGUUUUAUAAAAUACAGUUAUCUAGAAUUUUAAAUAUUUAUAUGAAAACAUUUAAAUAUAUGUAUGAAUCCAUUGCUUGUUGUUAAGUGAAUUGAAUUAUAAGCUUGUGAAUACUUCUGAAUAUAGAAUUGUAGAAAACAAAAUUCUUAACAUAUUAUAUACAGUGUUAUAUUUGAAAAUUUUUCCUUUGUCGAUUUUUCUGAAAAUAUCUGAUUCUAUAGGAAUAAAAUAUUAAAAUCGUCGUUUUACAUUUGUCUGUCAAUACGACUAAAUUCAGACGACGAUCGUAAAAAAAGAAGAAAACAUGUCAUAUUGAAAGGUUAUGUGUGAUCUUAAACUUAUUUUAUUUAAACAAUAAUUUAGAGAUUAUUAUGGAAUUAAAUGAGGAUUUCAUAAAGACUAAUGGUGAAAGUGGAAGUGUUUUAGGAUUUUUAAAUGACGAUGAAGAGGAUCAAGAAAAGUUAGAUUUCGUAAUAGAUACAACAGGUAAUUCAUUCGGUUUUGAAGAAAAUGAUUCAGACGAUUCGACAUCCGGAGAAAUAUCAAGUCAAAAAUUGUAUAACAAUUUGUUCAGCGAUUGUAAAAUUGCAUUGAAAAGUGAAAAGUCAACAAAUAAACCCGAAAAAGUAAUUAAUCUGGUUGUAAAAGAAGUAUUAGCAGAUUUAGGAUUCAACGAUAAUGGUACAUUAAAAAAGAAACCUAUAAAAACGAAAAAUGUUAUAACAGAUAAACAAGACAUAAAAAAAGUACUAGAGAAAUCAAUUUUAAACCCAGAAGUUGAGAAAAAUAAUUUAGUACCACCAUUAACUGUAUCUGAUAAACUUUUACGAAAGCAAAGAAAAAAAGAGAGGCAGUUAACAAAGGGUGCAAAAUGGUACGGAUUACCUGCUACUGAGUUAACUGACGAAGUUAAAAGAGAUCUGGAAAUACUGCAAAUGAGAUCAGUUUUAGACCCAAAACAUUUUUACAAGAAAAACGAUUUAAAAGUGCUGCCCAAAUACUUUCAAAUUGGGACUGUCAUGGAUUCACCUUUGGACUAUUACAACAACAGAUUACCAAAGAAAGAACGCAAGAAGACGCUCGUCGAUGAGCUCAUGGCAGAUAUGGAAUUUAACAAGUACAACAAACGGAAAUACAAAGAAAUCAUAGAAGAGAAGAAACACACAAAUUAUAAAGCUUGGAGACAAGCUAAGAGAUUCAAAAACAAAAAAUAAAUAAUAAGUAAAUAAAUAAAUCGACACUCGUCGAUAAGCUUUUGACAGAUUUAGAAUACAAGUACCAAAAAUGUAAAGAAAUUAUUGAAGAAAAACAACAUAAAAAUUAAAUGAUAAAAG